AUGGCGGACUUCAUCAAAUCCAUUCCCAGCCUCAUGGGCAUUCCCCGAGAGAUGAGGGACGCCGUGUUCGAACAACUCUUCCCGUGCCGUACCAUCAUCCUCAGCAAUCCUGCUCCAGCCAACAUAGCUGGCCUCAUCGGUACAUGUCGCCAAUUGCGCGCCGAGUUCGAUGGGUUCAUCAAGACGCUCGUAUGCCGCAACGGAAUCAGACCUGGUCGAUCUCUGCCCACCGACCCUGCCUCAUGUGGAAUCCGAACCAUCAUCCUCGAGGAUGGUGUUUCUGCACCAUUGAACACCACAGACUUUCCAAAGCUCGAAAAGAUCAUCAUCUGCCGAGAUGACAGAGGACGACGGCCCAGAGCCAGAGGAUUGGCGUUAGACGGAAUAUUUCUGAUCGACUUUGACGAGGUGGACAUUCUCUCUCCGCAGAGAGACAUAAUCCGCCAACAAGUCCACGCCAGGUUGCCUCAGUGGCUGCAGGACCUUCUCUUUGAUCCAAGCCGGCGAUUGUCUGUCCAAUUCAAUCUCCUCUUGAGCUUUCAGGAGCAGUUCCAGGUCAAGAGAAGUGAGUGGGAUGCCAAUGUCGACUACCCGGGCAUCUGGAUGAAGCUGGACUGCCAAUGGGAUUGGGACUCUGGCCACGUCUUUGACAUCACCUCAAUCUUCUAG